UCCAGACCAAGCUUGUAUCGCGUCGUCGUUUCGAUUUGCUUCAUGGAGCAUCUGAUCCAGGCCGGACUGGAUGGCGAAAGUCCGGAGCUUGAUAAGAUUCCGGGAUUUGGAUAGGAUGUUGAAUCCGCUAGUUCAGCCGAUCUCGCGGUGACGCCCAUCAGCCUGUUUCAUAGCUCGCGGCUGGACUAGCUAGAUCAACGAAGGGAUGUCGACUUGUGUUGGCGUUUCGGGGACCUCACCUUGACCUGUGAGGUCUGGGAUCCGGGAGUAUAAGUGAGGGCAAGCCUGCUAGGCCUGCCCCCGGCUGAGUAUGUGUUUGACUCCCUGCGAUCAAGACUGAUAUCGGAACCUGUAAAACCCCACAACGCUACAAUGUUGCCGCUCCUCUCGGUUGCUCAAGUGCUCCUGAAAAUCGGAGGGGUUCUAGCCCUCGCAACUGUCAUAUCGAAUCCACUGUCACACAUAUCUGGGCCGUGGUACACCCGCUGGACAACCUUACCAUCGGUAUACUUUAUCCUGACGGCGCGGCACCCGGUAUGGAUCCAUUCGUUGCACGAACGGUACGGGCCUGUUGUGCGCUACGCGCCGGGUGAAGUCGACGUUUCGGACCCUGCGGCGGCGCAGAGCAUCCACGCGGCCAAGGCAGGCUUUCUCAAAAGCCCCCUUUACUCGCGCCUCAUCACGGACUUGUCCAGCGUGUUUAACGAGAUCGGACCAGAGGUUCAUCGGCGAUACAAGCGUUACCUAUCGGGCCACAUGUCUGAGACGGGUCUCAAGGCGUUCCUGCCCCGGAUCGACGACAAGGUACGGCUGGCGAUCCGCAAGAUGGCCGAGGAGAGCAGGGGCACACGCGGCGCAGCCGACGUGGCCAAGUGGCUCAUGUUUCUGUCCUUCGACGUCAUUGGCGACCUGAUCUUUGGCUCUUCCUUCGGCCAGCUGGAAAGGGGCGAGAAGAACCGGCCGGUUGAUGACUUUGUCAACCUUGGUCCCGCCGGGGGCCUACGGUCCAUGUUCCCCACCUUGGCCAAGGUCUCGGCGGUUGUGCCGAUCCCGGCCUUCCGUGCGGCGACCCUCAUCCAGUGGCGCACAUUCGAUUACGCACAACGGGCGCUCGACAGCCACCAGAAGCAGGUGGAAGAGGCGGGCGGCGUGGACCCACGACCGACUGUUUUCUCCAGGCUCUAUUCGGCAACGGCCGAGGAAUCGUGGACACCCGUCGAGGUGCGGGAUAACGCCCAGGUGUUCAUCGUCGGCGGCAGCGACACCACGGCAAAUUCCAUGAUCUAUCUUCUCUGGUCGGUUUGCCGUGGCCCCCGCAUCAAGGCCCGGCUGCUCGCAGAGCUCGACACCCUGACUCCGGACGAAGGCGGUGAUGGCCAGGACUUCAGCUACGAGCAGCUGCGAGACCUGCCAUAUGUCAACUGGGUCGUCAACGAGACGCUGCGGCUGUACACGGCGUUGUCGCGCGGGCUACCACGGCUGGUGCCUCAGGGCGGGACCACGCUGGUCGACAAGUUCCUGCCAGCCGGUGCCACGGUGACCACACAGGCUUACAGCCUCCAUCAGGACGAAACGGCCUUCCCAGACCCAUACAAAUUCUAUCCGGAGAGAUGGGAAAAUACCACCCAGCGAAUGAAAGACUGCACCAUGCCUUUCGGAGGCGGCGCCCGGACAUGCCUCAGCCGACACCUAGCUCGCAUCGAACUUCGACUGAUCACGGCACGCUUUUUCAAGGCCUUCCCGGAUGCCGUUGUCUCGGAUCUCGAGGGCAUGAGUGACAAGGAUAUGGAGCCCGCCCUCCAUUUCCUCAUGGUGCCAAGUGGCCACCGCUGUCUCAUCCGGACGGAGGGGCCCGGGGAGAAAAAGGCGUGCAAGUGAGGCAGCUGGCCUAUUGUUGGGUGCUUGAGGAAACGGGCGGCUGAUGAUGAUGUCCCCAUAUUGGUUAAGUGCGUUUUGGGACUCGGAUGAUGCGGCUCAAUGGCCAACACGUGCAGCAAGACUGAAAGUCGGGCUGGAGGGUUUGGAUGCCAACUAUAGAAUCCUGGUCUACCUGUACACCAGUGAUUGACAGCAGCGGCUUGGCGUCCUGUCGGCGCAGUGCAUGGCUGCCUAGGCCUGAUGUCGCUCAAUCGAUCGGGAAGAUCUGCGCGAUCCACGAUGGAUCCACUUGGCGGCUUCACCAUGUGGGGCCUCUCUAUUUUCUGCCGGGUUGAUGGCAUGCAGGCGGUGAAAAAGCUUCAGAGCAAUUACCUUGGGCCCUCGCAGAGCUAUGACGUGGGUCCGUUGUCCAC